AUGCCCCGAGACGUUUCUGAGAAAACGGUGGCUGAAACAGUCGAUUCCCGCCGUUUGGCAUGGAAGCGAGCGACUCGGAAUGAUUGGGUGAGUUUUGUGCGUGGGUGUGUGAACACGACAGGUGCGACGUUCUUUAUUCUCGGUUCUAUUACGAGUGUGCUGGAGUUGAAUUUAUAUGUGAGCAUGCUGUUCAUAAUAGGUAACUGUUGUUACAUAACGACGGGUAUAUGGUGGGCGAUUGAUGCUCGUCGUGACUUCCAUAGACGUUACGAGGAGCGUGGUGUCGGUGUACGUCGUGAGCCAUUUAUAGCCGGUCCGGGUAGUGUUCCUCCACCAUAUGCGCCUUUGCCGGCAGAUGCGGCCGAGACGGAGCAGAUUAUUCAGGCAUUCCGCUCACUUACAUGGCUGGACAUAGCGGGUGCUAUGAACCAGACUCUGGGUGCCUUUCUAUUCAACGUUGGUUGUGUCACCAUGUGGCUAGGAGAUGACUGGGUGUACGCUACAACCACCUUUUGGACUGUCGGUUCCGGCUUCUUUUUGCUGCAAGGAGCUGUCGGACACAUCUUGGCCACCAGCUUCAUAGAACCACUUAUCACCCUCGUCCCCAGGAACCCCAGCAAAUGGCGGCACACCAAUCCCCCUUGCUGCAGACGCAAGCUUUGCUUACACCACUGCAUACCCGCCGCAUUGUUUAACACCAUAGGAUCCACCCUGUUCGUGGCAGGCUCUCUGGUCCUCUGUUGGCCUAUCACCACCAUCAGCUGCGGAUGGCUAUUCCUAGUCGGUUCUAUGUUCUUCCUCGUCUCCAACUACUCUGAUAUCGCCAGCGUCGUCGACGGGCUCUACUCCAGAGCAGCCUCGGAAAAGUAG